GUUGCAAAAGCGACUUUAAUUUGAGAUCUAAAAGUAAUAAAGAAAAAGAUAAAUUCAGAGCUAGAGAAACUGGAAAAAGUUGGAUGAAUGAGUUUAGAACAAAAUUUUUUAAGGAAGUGGAAUUAAAGUUACCUAAGAUACUAAAGGAUAUGAUGAUAAAAUUAAUGAAAAAAGUGGAAUGGGAUGAAGAAAAGUGUGCAAAGAUUCAAAUUGUUAGAGUAGUUUACACUAGUUCUUGCUAUUUACCAAUGUUAUCUAUAGGAUUGAUGUUCAUGUCGAUUUAUUUAGAUAAUUUAAAGGGCUACAUUAGCAGGAUCUGA